AUGUGGCGGGCGACUCAGCGAUGGUCACGCCUGCGAUCUCUGUGUCGGCUGCUGACGACCAGCAUCUCGAACCGUUUGGCCAUAUCAUUGGUCGUGAUCUUGACAUCAAUAGCGCCCCAAUCCCUGAACCCGAGGGCGUCGAACGGAUACGUGCCGUCCGGUUGGUUGAGAUCAUUGCGGGCGGCGAUGGCGUACUCGGCGGUGAACGGAGGCACACAAUCGCAACGACUGAACGCAUUUAAUAACGAUAUUAAUUGA